AAAAUUUUCGAAGAGUAAAUUUAGUCUUUGAACAGAUAUUGAGGCAGCAGCACGAUAAUUAAAAAAAUAAAUAAAUAAAUUAAAAAAUAAACUUUUCGUUCGGUUAAUUAAACUAAAAUUUUGUAUAAAAAUGUUAUAGAAUAUUGAAAAAUAUUGAUAAAUUUAAGUAAAACGGGUUUCAUUAUAAUUAAAAAAUUCUCAACGAACUUUCUUUAUCAAAGUAAAAUUUAAUUUAUUUUAUAUUAAAAUAAAAUUAAAUAAUUUUACAUAACAUUUGUCAAAAAAAGGAAUAUAUUUGAAAAAUUGCCUUAAGAGCUUUUGUCUGUUUUUUAAAUAAAAUUAUAUAAUUUUAUCAAAAGUUCAAAAAAAAAAAAAAAAAAAUGGAUUCGGACAAAGUUGUACGGGCCAUGGCGCGUUGGUGGCAGACUGUCAGCCAGGAAGAUAGUGAUCCAAAUGCCCGCAAUCCCAUGCUGUAUGAUCCACUCCAAGAUGGCGUGGUUAAAACUUCUAAGAAAAUGCAAUAUGUGGCUGCCCUGAUAGUGUGUCUUGGUGCCGUCUCAGCGGGUACAGCACUUGCCUGGACCUCACCCGUUCUACCACAAAUCAGUGCUCCUGAUACGAGUACAAAUACAACAGUUAGUAAUUCAACCGAUACUAAUACGUCAGAAUUACAAUUGACGCUAAGCCAACAGACCUGGGUUAGUUCCUUGCUGGCUAUAGGAGCCUUUUUGGCAGCUUUACCAACAGGUUAUGUUGCUGAUGCCAUUGGUAGACGUUACACCGCCUUGGCCAUGGAUGUUCCUUUUAUUGUCGCCUGGAUUUGCAUUAUUUUCGCCAAAUCUGCUGGCAUGUUAUAUUUUGCACGUUUUACUAUUGGCCUGGCUACUGGCAGUUUCUGUGUUGUUGCUCCCAUGUAUAUUUCGGAAAUUGCUGAAGAUAGUAUAAGAGGCACUUUGGGUACUUUGUUUCAGUUGAUGUUGACUUUUGGCAUUCUAUUGGUGUAUUUGAUUGGUGCUGUUGUCAGCUGGACCACAUUGAGUGUGUUGUGUUUGAUGGUGCCAUUGGCUUUGUUUGUGGGCAUGCUAUUCUUGCCGGAGACCCCAACAUAUUUAUUGAAGAAGGGUCGUCGUGGUGAUGCUGCUUUAUCUCUUAAAUUUCUCUGGGGUCGUUAUUGUGAUUCACGCUCGGCCAUUCAACAAAUUCAAGCAGAAUUGGAUCAGGCCGGUAGUAAUGUCUCAUUUAUGGAUCUUUUCCGUAUACCUGCGGCACGUCGUGGUCUGAUCAUCUCUAUGCUGCUCAUGUUCUUUCAGCAGUUUUCAGGCGUCAAUGCGGUCAUCUUUUAUACAGUACCUAUUUUCCAGUCAGCCGGCAGUACUUUAGAUCCUUCAAUCUGUUCAAUUAUUGUGGGUUUUGUUCAGGUCGUUAUGACUUUGGCCUCGUCCUUUAUGAUUGAAAGAGCUGGACGUAAAUCUUUGUUGCUUUUCAGUAGUACCAUUGUAACCAUUUGUUUGGUCAUUUUGGGUGCUUAUUUCAAUAUGAAGGAUAACGGUAAAGACGUUUCUUCUUUGGGCUGGUUACCACUACUCUGUGUGGUCUUGUUUAUGGUAACCUUUUCGGUGGGUUAUGGUCCAGUGCCCUGGCUAAUGAUGGGUGAACUAUUUUUGCCUGAUGUUAAAGCCACUGCUGUGGCUCUUACGGUCAUGUCCAAUUGGUUUUCGGUAUUUUGUGUGACAAAAACUUUUGGUUCCAUGAUCACCGCCUGGGGUUCCGAUAUGACUUUUUGGUUCUUUGCCUUAUGCAUGCUUAUCGCCACCAUUUAUGUCUACACAAUGGUGUUGGAGACAAAAGGCAAAAGUUCUGCCCAAAUUCAAAUGUGGUUGGGCGGUGAUAAAUAAACUAAUGACAGGCAGAGAUAAUUUAGUUAUUAUUUUAUUUUGUUUUAGUUGUAAUAAUUUAUGUAAUUUAAAGUUUCUUGUAGUCUAUAGUUUAGAUAAAUUUUUAAUUUGUAUAUAAAACAGCUUAACACCAAACUACAAAUGAAAUAUAUUGAAAAAAAUGUUUAGUUUAUAAAAUGAAACCUCCCUACUAAAUCGGAAAUAGUUAAGUUUACUUGGUAUACGUAAUAAAACAUUAAGGAAGUUAACAAAUAAAUUUUUUAAUUUAUGAAUUUACAAUGAUUUUUAAAAUUUAAAAAAAAUUUUCCAAAUGAUUGUUAACAUUUUGUUUAAAAAAAUACAUAUUUACUUAAUCUGUAGUAAAAUACAAAUUAGUUGUCUUGUUUAAAUUUAUUUUAUUAUGGAAUUAAUUUUUUUGUUGUUACUUUUUAAGUUAUUUAUUAUUUUAUAAUUUUUUGUUGAAAUAUUAACGUAUGUUUAUUUUUGUUAUUUAUUAAUUUAUUAAAAAAAAAACAACAAUAACAAACUGUAAUGUGCAAAUAUUUACACUAUUUUUAAGUUUAUUGUUUAGUGAACAAAUUUUAGAAAGAACAAAAAAAACUAUGUAAAAGUU